AUGAUCGGGGUAUUGCUUUGGGAUGAUCUGGAAAUGCACCUGGGUCUGAGAGCUUGUGCUAGUCAGAUUUAUUCUUCGAGCAAAGAGGCUCCAGACGGUAGCAUCCAAUUGUCUGCCAAAUCCAACUUGAAGUGGGUAGUGCAUAUUGACGUCAAUACCAGGGAUUAUGAAAUAUGGGGAGACAUAAUUCCCGAGGGGAGGGAACUUGGCCACAGAAAUUGGAUUGGGGACCUAGGGCAUGGAAAUGGAGAGUACGGAGACGACGACAUCCAUUUCUUUUACAUCAUGGCUUUUCAGCAAAACUUCAGUGGCACAACCACGAGUUUCGGAUCGAAACGCGAUUUCUCACGAAAACAAACUCAGAAUUCGAGCAUAAAACCGGAAGAAAAUCCAAACGGGUGCUUCGAUUGCAACAUCUGUCUCGACUCUUCACACGAGCCCGUGAUCACACUCUGCGGCCAUCUCUACUGCUGGCCGUGCAUUUACAAAUGGCUCCGUGUUCAAAAUUCAUCACUCGAGUCAAAAAACGAGCUUCCCAAGUGCCCCGUUUGUAAAUCACACAUCUCGACUUCUACACUUGUCCCACUAUACGGGCCCGAAACAAAAAAAAAGCCCAUCAAGUUAGAUCUGACCGUACCCCACCGGCCUCCACCGGGCCUUCGGGCCUCGCAAAAUUAUCAAAACCCUUUUCAACCGAACAGCCGGGCUUACCAACAAAGCCCAUACUUGGCCCAUUCUUUCGCGGGCCCAUCAUCAUCCGCAAGCUUCAACAGCCCGACUAUGAAUAUGGUGGGAGAGUUGGUGUUUGCUCGGAUGUUUCGAAGCCAGGACACGAAUCCGUUUUCUUACCCUUAUUACUCGAACUAUAACAAGUCACUUAAUCAUGUCUCGAUCUUUCUGUUCUGCUUCAUCAUAUUUUGCCUGAUCUUGUUUUAGGGGUUAUGAGCUGUUUGUUCGUUUGUAUAGAUUUUAGAUUGUGAUACUGCUGAAGAUCGAAGUCGAUAUAGGUAUAUAGAUAUACGUAUAUAUACAUAUACUAUAUAUGUAUAUUAUCAUAUAUGUGUAUGUGGUGUAGUUUUGGCUGUAGUGAUGUUACAAAUCUGUGAUUCCAUUGUGGGAUGAGGUUCUUUAUACUGUUUAUGGUGAUCUUGUGCAUUAUGAUGCUUCUAUGUCUAUUGGAACAAAAAGUUGAUUAUACUUUAAGGUUUGUGGCCUAUUGACUUCUUUUGUUGGGUUUUGGGUUUUUUCUAUAAACCAGUUUUUUCUUGUACAA